AUGGACGCAAAUAGGUUGUCCAUUUUCCUUCUGGUUCUUACCAUAGCUAUUACUCAAGCUUGGCAAUAUGUUGAUAGAAGACCCAGAAAAGACCUCCAAAGAGAUCCGCACUAUGUCGCCAAAAGGCACAUGUUGCCUCGAAGUGACAAAAAACGCCGACCUUCGACCCAGAUACCGAAAGAAAUGAGGAAGAAGCCAUCAGGUCAUCUCAAGCCGUUACAAUAUGAUGAAAUGGAAAAUGACGAGAUCGUGUCUGUAGCAAUAGGUCCGCCUGCAAUGAGACCAAAAUAUGAUAAAACACGGCGGAAUAUGUCAAAAACAUAUCCCUCUCCAGCAAAUGAAUCCACUGCGUCUAAUCUAAUCAAAGACGUAUUAGUUGAAUUGGGUAGAGAAUUUAUCACACACAACAUUAACGAAGACUUCGUUUUCGGACAAUAUGUGGGUAACGUCAUGAAGAAUCUAACUAGUACACUAAAAGUGAAAAUGCAGCACGAAAUUCUAGAUUUAAUUUUGAAAUAUCAAAGGAUAAGUCGAGGGGAGGAUACGAAAGUUUUGAAUGAAAAUACAAAAACCGAAGACAAGACUGUCAAAGAUAUUAAGUUGGACAAGAAACCAGCUGUCAAUGAAACAGAAGACGGGUGGCCAGACUUUUCAAAUAUUGAAAAAUAUGUUGGCUGA